UUAUCGACGAAAUAGAAAUAUAAUAGUCAGUUGUGUACUUGUGCGUCAGACGUCAGUAGUCUUCCAAAAAUGAAUACACGUGUGUUAUUACUCUAUGGAGCUUAUUAUAUUAUAAAGAAAAGAAAAAACCGUAAAUUAAAAAAGCGGAGAAUGUGGGUUCAUCCUUUACUUGCGCAAAGAAUUUUAAAAGGAAGUUUUUCAACCAUGUACGGGGAUUUAAGAGACAAUGAAAAUAAAUUUUUUAAUUAUUUUCGGAUGUCCAUCAAGUCAUUCGACGAACUUCUCUCAAAAUUAGAAAGUGGAAUUAAAGUUUCAAAUAGUGGUCGUCCAUCAAUUUCACCUACAGAACGAUUAUGUGUGACAUUAAGGUACUUGGCAUCAGGUAAUACAUUUACUGAUCUACAGUAUUCAUAUAGAAUGGGAAUAUCUACAAUUAGUGGUAUCGUUGAGGAUGUAUGUGAACAAAUUUGGAAAAUGAAAUCUGAAUGUAUACCUCUACCUACAGAAGAAAAAUGGAGAGAAAUUUCUUUGGAUUUUGAAAAAAAUACUAAUUUUCCUAACUGCAUCGGUGCAUUAGACGGGAAACAUAUUCGCGUUAUUAAGCCUAUCAAAAGCGGUUCACUUUUUUAUAACUACAAACAUUAUUAUUCUAUAGUGUUGAUGGCAAUUUGUGAUGCAAAUUAUUGUUUUACAUUUGUUGAUGUUGGAGCAUAUGGAAAAUUUAGUGAUUCGUCUGUCUUCAAAAAUGGAAAAUUCUUUGAAAAACUUGAAAAUGAAACAUUAUCUAUUCCUCAACCUAAACCUCUACCAGGAGAUAACGAGAAUGGUCCUUUACCUUACGUAAUUUUAGCCGACGAAGUAAUGACCGGCACCACCUAACCUAACCGAAAAGUG